AUGGAGCGAUGGGCUACCGCAGACCAGAGCUUCCGCGAUGUUCGCUUCCGUCUUUCAAACAAUCAGACAAAGUCCUACUAUGACCGCGCAACAACGAACCCAUCUCCCUCAUCAGAAAUUCUAUCCCAGGAUUCCCUCGAGAUCCAGAGAUUCGUCUGUCUUGCGCCUGCGAACCGAGACCCGCACCAGAAGAACUACGCCCACCUCCUCAAAAUUCUCAUCCUUCUGUACAUCGUCCAAGACGGGUACAUGGUCCAUCCGUUCAGCUUUCGCACGGCCGGCAAGAGCCCAACGCCUCAAAUUCCCGUUUUCAUUACCUCCGAUGACGAAAAUAGCUCGCCUCUUGCCGUGGAGCAUCUCCUCGCAACACUCUUCCUGCGCACCGCAGACUUCCGCGUCGUGGCCAUGACGCGCACGGGCACCGCCCUCUUCACGACCGAAUACAACAGCCUGUGGUACGUGCUCGAUGGCUCGAGUCUCGAGACGGGGCUCAUCCACGUGGUGACGUUCAAACCGAACGGGGAGAUCCACAACGCGACGCAGCGGAGACCAUUCAACCUGACCCAGAUCAUGAUCUUUCAUAUUGGGAAUGGGUGGCCGUUGUCGGUGCUAAUCGAGAAUAAUGUUGGGGGGCGGUCGUGGCAUAAUAAACCGUAUGUCUUCCAGCCCUGA